CUCAUCUAUCAGACGACCCAAAGCCAUCACCCUUCGGAGAAAACUACAACCACCGCUCUCAAAUCCCCUCUCCCUCUCCUGUACCAACUCUUUUUGGGCCUCGCCACUCGAAUCUCAACCAUAGUUCCUUUAACGCCCCUCCGCGCAGUUUUCCGCGCACUCUCAAGAGCAGCCCUCCCAUUCAAAGCCCUGCUCCCGGGAUCAAUCUCACGAGGAACAGUAGCAGCCAUGGGAAAACGCAAACACCGAAACGCCUUCCCACCACCCAAGGCUUCGUCCUCAUCGUCAAACGCCCGCGACGCACCCUCCCCACCGCCACUUCCUGCCAUCAAGUUCGGAGAGUUCAAGCUGACCAGUACAUCUGGGCCAUUUACCCCUAAUCCCGUAACCACUACUACCAUCACCAACACCGCAACCACCACCGCCACGACAGUCAAUUCGAUGGGAAGAGAAGUAGGGGAAGAUGACGGCGGGGGGGAGUGGCAGAUAGCUAAACGACAUAAGAAGUCGAAACACAAGUAUCCGUCUUUCGAAGUCUCGCCUGCCAGACUGAAAAACGCUGUCAAGCUCAGUGACAUACAGUCUCUUGUUCUGUGGCUGUUGGCUGACGGGACUGCGCCCCAGUGGCUGCUUGUCAAGAAUAAGAAUGAGAUUCGCGGGGUUGUGGUUGUCAUGGUUCCUGGAUUGGAGAUGGCGAUUCCUGGUUCAAAGCCGGGCCUGGGUUGGGGAAAGCGUGCGUUUUUUCCCCAGGAACUUAAAAAGGCCCAAUUACAGGUCUGUGUGAGAGGGUUCGCGGAUAUGUUUUCCCAUGUUUGGCCAGUUGUAGCCCCUGGGGAUGAGCGUGGGAGGGUGUACUCCGCUAUAGCUGGAUUCUUAAAUACACCUAUUCCUAAAGGGAAGGCCCCACAGGAUCCCGAUAAGUAUACAACGAGUCAGAGGAUAGGCAUCACUCGACUUGUUAUGCCCUUUGGAGAACUGGUUGAGAAUGAGUAUCCGGUCCAUUCUGUUCAUGCUACGACCUCAUCUGUGGCAGAAACUACUAAAGUUGGGUGGGUUGAAACGGAUCUUUCGAGGGGGAAUGGUCGGGAGAAUAACGAGGGUGGUUCCGUUACAGAGGCAAAGACAAUUUACGCUAUGGACUGCGAGAUGGUGCAGACGAAGCAAGGGUUGGAACUAGUGAGAAUCAGUCUCGUGAGUUGGGAUGGGGAGACGAUUUAUGAUACUCUGGUUAAGCCCGAUAGUCCUAUUACAGACUAUUUGACGCCUAGGUAUUCCGGCGUGACCAAGGCGAUGCUCGAUCCCGUCACCACUAGCCUGAAAGAUGUCCAAAACCACCUCUUAAGGCUCCUCAAUAACGAUACAAUUCUCGUCGGACAAUCCCUCAACGCCGAUCUCAGCGCCAUCAAAAUAGCCCAUCCACAUAUCGUAGACACCUCGGUAAUUUACAAUCACCCCCGCGGACCCCCAUACAGAGCUUCAUUAAAAUGGCUCUCCACGAAGCACCUUAAACGCGAGAUUCAGAAGGACGGGUCAAACGGUCAUGACUCGAUAGAAGAUGCAAAAGCCUGUCUGGACCUCUUAAAGCUCAAACUAGAGAGAGGGCUCGAAUAUGGAACUAGCAGCGCGGCCGCCGAGAGCAUUUUCAAACGACUAUCCAGGGUGCGGCCGGUACCCCGCAUUGGUGGAGUCGUCGACUACGGGACACCGGACAAAUGGUGGAGCCCUAGCGCUGCCAGAGUGAUCCAGGCAAAGGACGACGCAGAGGUAGCUACAGGCAUUGUAAAAUCUAUCUGUGGGGAUCCUCCCGGCACUCGUGACGGGCAUCCUAAACUUGAUUUAGUCUGGGGCCGUAUGCAUGCUCUCGAGGCUCUCCGCGGAUGGAACAAGGCGGCCGCACCAGAGGAGGGUCCUCCCAUCCCCAUUGAAAACACCGAGUCGAAUCAUGCUGUGAUUGCCCAGGGAGUCAGGGACGUUGCAACCCAGCUAAAGCAGAUCUACGACUCCUUGCCACCUUGCACUGCUUUCAUUGUGUACUCCGGUACCGGAGACCCUAGGGAAUUAAGAAGACUACAGGAUAUGCAGAGGGAGCACAAAAGGCAGUACAUGACUAUGAAGUGGGACGAACUUACUGUCAAAUGGACGGAUACGGAGAACCGUGCGUUGGCAGCUGCUGCGAAUACUACCCGGGAGGGGAUCGCCUUCUUGACGGUUAAAUAG